AUGGCAAUAGCAUACCGCACAAGCCAGGGAUCCACUGCGCUGCCCUCCAAAAGCAGGCGAACACCUGUCCGAAGCAAGGCGCAGACUGGUCAAAGUGCACUAAGUGCGACAAUGACCACGUUGAGACGACCAUCCUCAACACCUGCAGCAGGGGGCCAGAGGCCCAUGACGCGAUCCAUGGACAAGCAGCCUCUACAGUACUGGAACCAACAGGCCAGAAACUAUGACGAUAACAUUUUCUCUAGUAUCGACGAAGACGCAAAUGGGAUCAUUGCCCAGGUCAUCGAACGCUGCGGGGACAUAGAUGCGGAGGGGCCUCGGAGCCGUUGCAUUGACCUGGGCUGUGGAGCAGGCAAGUAUCUGCCAAAGCUGGCGCGGCACUUCAAGACAGUGGACGCCUAUGAUCUCAGCCCAAAGCUUGUGGCACUGGCAGAGAAGGAAGUGAAGAAGCAACGCAUCCAGAAUGUCAGAGUUUCGGUUCGUGACCUUUCUCAAAUCUGGUACCGCAAUGAUGCGACUUCUGCUCAGCUGGGCCAUGUCACUGAGAUGGAGUCUUUCGGCUUCGCAGUCAUGGCCAACGUGUUGAUUGCGCCGCAAGAAGCGAGUCUCCAUCAACUGAUGCUGAAAAAUGCAUAUCGAUCUCUGAUGCCUGGGGGUCGACUUCUUUGCAUCGUACCAUCAUGGGAAAGUGCGAUGUAUGUCAACAUGCGCUGUGAUGAGGAAAACUACGAUGGUCCAUAUUCGGUGGGUGCAAAUGGGGAGAAGCCGACCAGAACUGAGGGUGCCGACCUCUUGUGCGGAGUGCUUCGGAGAUCCGGGGUUCGCACCAAGCACUUCUUGGAGCCCGAGUUUCAGCUCCUGGCAUCCCGAGCUGGCUUUGAUGUUGCCAUGUGCAAGCGCGUGUCAUACACCUGGCGAUCAGAACUCGGCCUGGCUGCAGACUGCCAAGUGCCCACCAGACUCAGGGAAUCACCACUGCCCUGGGAUUGGAUGUUCCUCCUGCAGCGCGGUAGAGAUGUGGCAGAGCGACCUGGGUGGCACGCUGUGGAUCCACUUGCCAAGUCUGACUCAGAAAGGCUGCUGCCAACUUUAUUCCAGAAGGGACGUCCCAAAGAGGAGGACAUCUCGCAAGAUCUGAUCAAGUUGGUAGAUAGCCAAAAAUCAUUUUCCCGACCGCAUAGUCGAGCUAGUCCAGUUUCACACUGA